AUGGCGGAGUCGGUGGGGAGGGAGAGGCGGAGGCGGGUCCGGACUGAAUAGAGCAGAGCCUGUACAGGACUCCUAGCAAACCUCUCUAAGGCAGGGCAGAUGAGGAGCUAUGACGAGUGAAAACCACGGAAAGGCAAAGGGAGACUCGGCAUUGGUCAUGUCACCCACCGGGUCCUCUUCACAAGCAGCUCCCCUCACCCCUUCCACCAGCAAAGCCAUUCAAGAGCUGCCAGAUGAGCUGAUUCAGGCUGGAUGGGCAAAAUGCUGGAGCAAGAGGGAGAACCGGCCGUACUACUUCAACCGCUUCACCAACCAGUCGCUGUGGGAGAUGCCGGUCCUGGGGCAGCAUGAUGUCAUUUCUGAUCCUCUGGGCCUGAACGCCGCUCCUGCCUCAGGCGAGGGGGCCGGGGAUGGUGGACUGGGCAACGGGCAGCGCAAGAGGCGCCCUUCAGAGGAGGCCAUUCAAGGGGGUCCUAACAGCUUUAAGAGGCCAAGAGUUGAGGUACCUGUAACUCCAACCACCCCCACAAUCCCUAUAUCACCCAGCACACCUGGAGCAAAGCCCUGGAACUCCACCUCAGAUGACAAACAAGCCCAACCUAGCACCCCUGCCCCGGCCCCGUAUCGACCAUCUGUGAUCUACUGGGACCUGGAUAUUCAGACCAAUGCAGUGAUCAAAGAGCGGCCCCCGUAUGACUACCUCCCUCCUCACCCCGAGAUUGAGCUGCAGCGAGCUCAGCUCACCACCAAACUCCGUCAGCAUUACCACGAGCUGUGCUCUCAGCGCGAGGGCAUAGAGCCACCACGGGAGUCCUUCAACCGCUGGCUGCUGGAGAGGAAGGUGGUGGAUAAAGGAGUGGACCCUUUGCUUCCCAGCGAGUGUGACCCAGCCGUUUCCCCAUCAAUGUUCAGAGAGGUCAUGAAUGACAUCCCUAUCAGGCUGUCCCGUAUUAAAUACAAGGAGGAGGCCAGAAAACUUUUAUUUAAAUAUGCUGAGGCAGCCAAGAAAAUGAUUGAAUCAAGAAACGCCACACCUGACAGUAGAAAGGUUGUAAAGUGGAACGUAGAAGACACAAUGAACUGGCUGAGGAGAGACCACUCUGCUAGUAAAGAAGACUACAUGGAUCGCCUGGAGCACUUGAGGAAGCAGUGUGGUCCUCAUGUGACUGCUGUAGCUAAAGACUCUGUGGAGGGGAUCUGCUCAAAGAUCUACCACAUCUCUGCUGAAUAUGUGCGUCGGAUCCGACAGGCCCACCUCAACCUUCUGAAGGAGUGCAAUAUCACCGUGGAUGGAGUGGAGAAUGCAGAGGUUCAGGACCGGUUGGUGUACUGCUAUCCAGUUCGGCUGUCUAUCGCAUCACCACCCCAGCCCCGAGUUGAGCUACACUUUGAGAAUGAAGUUGCAUGUCUGCGCUAUAAAGGAGAGAUGGUGAAGGUCAGCCGUGGACACUUCAAUAAACUGGAGCUCCUGUACCGGUACAGCUGUAUUGAUGAUCCCAGAUUUGAGAAGUUUCUAUCACGCGUGUGGUGCCUUAUAAAAAGAUACCAGGUGAUGUUUGGAUCUGGUGUGAACGAGGGGACCGGCCUACAGGGGGCACUGCCUGUACCAGUGUUUGAAGCCCUUAACAAACAGUUUGGGGUCAGUUUUGAGUGCUUUGCCUCGCCGCUCAACUGCUACUACAAGCAGUUCUGCUCUGCCUUCCCUGACAUCGAUGGUUUCUUCGGCUCUCGAGGGCCGUUUCUGAGCUUCUCUCCCGUCAGCGGCUCAUUCGAAGCCAAUCCUCCCUUCUGCGAGGAGUUCAUGGAUGCCAUGGUCACACACUUUGAAGAUCUUUUAGAAAAAUCCAGUGAGCCGUUGUCCUUCAUCAUCUUCGUUCCAGAAUGGCGGGACCCCCCAACCCCAGCCCUCACGCGGAUGGAGUCCAGUCGGUUCCGCAGGCACCAAAUGACCGUGCCUGCAUUCGAACACGAAUACCGCAGCGGCUCUCAGCAUGUCUGCAAGAGAGAGGAAAUGUACUACAAGGCGGUUCAUGGAACAGCGGUCAUCUUCCUGCAGAACAACGCUGGAUUUGCCAAGUGGGAGCCCACCACAGAGAGGAUUCAAGAGCUUCUGGCAGCCUAUAAGGUCCCUGGACGCUCGCUGUCCUCUCCUGGGCCUUCCUCCUCCAGUGCCGUAGACAAAGACUCCAAACCAGGCCAGGAGCGUUCGGCGAGCAUGGACGCCCCAGGAAGCCGAGACAACAGCAGUCCUGUUGACAAGACUGCACCAGAAACGGCAAACGUUUAAGUGUGUGUGUGUCUGUGGAUGCCUGUCUGUGUGAUUGUGUGUGUGUGUGUGUGUGUGUGUGUGUGUGUGUGAGAGUGGCUUUGAAAGAGUGCUGUUGGGUUGAGUGAGACUGACUGACUCUCUGCAUGUUAAGUUGCUUCAUGAGAGAGAACGAGUGAGAGAGAGAGAGAGAGCAGGAGAACGAGAGAGCUGGAGCGAGUGACUCGCACCUAUUUACUUUUCUCUGCCUCAACUAUUUAAAGAGUUAUUCUGGGUUUUUAUUAUUAAUGUUGUCCUAGUUAUUGAGGGGUUUAGUUUUUGUUUCGUUCGUUUUUGUUUUUUUUAAUGAUGUAGUGAUUGUUCGGUCACUAAUUCUUACAUUUCGUUGUUGUUGUUACCGUUGUCAUCUGUAUAAGACGUGGUGAUUCUGGUCAAGUCCUUCUUUUCUUCUGCCUUUUUAACUUCGUGCUUUGCUCCCUGACAGAGUCGUGGGACUGUCGGGGUAGAGGAUGGAGGGCACUGCUCUCUAGGAUUUUUUUGGAUGUUAUUUUUUUAUUUUUAUUAUUAUUAUUAUUAUUAUGGCAACAGAACGGAGGUGGACCAGCAAGUAGGCAGCUAUGUUUAUAAGCCUUUAAGAUAUGAUGCACAUUACAGAGUAGUUGUAGUCCUUGUGCGUAGUUAUUAAUUAUUACUACCUGUGCUAGAGCCAGUUCCUUUUUACGUUCAACGCUCAUCUUUAGAAGAUGUAGAAGCUCCUCUGAAUGCCUGUGCAAGCCCCAGUGCUCCCUUUUCUGGAAUAAGAUGCCGAAAGAAAAUCAAUCCUUGGUGUCUAGGAGUCCAGGCUUGGUCUGUGUGGUUCCUUAUCGCCCUAAAAAAGAACAGAAAAGAAAAGAAAAGGUCAGUUUUUAGACAGACACGGCUGUAUGCACGUAUGUUUGUAAAUCAGUUCCACGCUUCAGUUUACCUUUGUUAAUAACAAAUGCACAGAGGAUAGAACGUAACAAAUGCAACUGGCAUAGUUAGUACUAAACUUAGUUUAGUAGAAAAACAGAUCACUAUUUCCUCUGUUCUCUCUAUCUUUUGAGCUGUAAAAUAUGUGCUUGCGAGAGCUUUUGGUAUCUUUUGGUAUCUUUUUGUCUUUCUGUGACAAACAGCAGAAUCAUCGGAGCUCCAUUUAGACAAAAGAAAAGAAAAGAAACAGGUUUCAUGUCCGCAUAAUGUGUGGAUGUUUGUUUAGAGCCAUUUCAGAGCUGUUUGUUACUAAAUAUUAUAAACAGCUUUCAGUCAUGUUAGGCCACCCCGCUUCUCUUUGAGUCUACCUCUCAUCUGUGAAGCUUACAAGAGCAAGCAAUAGUUAAACGUUACAAUUAGAGCUAGAGUUAAAGGAGAAAUCCGGUGUGAAAUGCACUGGAGUUGUAUAUAGUGAAACAUGAUGAUGAGUAUGAUCUUUUAUCUAAUAGCCCACCUCCAUUCUCCGUAAGCAUUAAGAAAUACAGUGCUAAAAGCCGAUGCUCCCAACAGACUUACAAUGCUAGUGAAGGGGGCAUAGCGUUAACCAUGCAAAGAAAUCACUAUUUUUACACCAUUAAAAAACUUAAAGUAGUUCCACACUUCACGGUUAGAUUUCUUUACUGAAAAUCCUGACAUUUAACCCUUUUUAGACCCUGUGUCCAUUGCAAUGGACAACAUCUCUCUUCAUAUUUUUUGGUAUUCCUACAUUUAAAAUAUUAUACUUCUUUCCAUCAUACUUCUGCAUAGAACCUACACCGCAGCCUAUGCAGCGCUGUGUACGCUACGCCGUAGCUCGACGGGCACCUCUCUGGAAAUGUAAAUAUGCAACGUGGACAGCUGUGAUUGGUCCACCAGGCCUCAUGUCCCUGUCUACACAUUCCCGGCUUCGCGGUUUAAACUGCAGAGCGACUGAUACGCGCACACAGAAGUAUAAACAUGUUCUGCUGUAUAGUGCACUCUCGCUGGAUAUGCGUAGGCUACAGUGUAGGUUCUAUGCAGAAAUAAAAUUUGGGCUUUAUACAGAUUGAGGUUUGUUGUCCAACAGAAUUGACAUUUAUCAGCCAACCAAAAACCUUAGCUUCACCUUAGCCCCGCCCACUGCUUUGAACAAAAGAAGAAAAAAAAAAUCAUGUUAUGAGUUAUUUUGACUGUUUAGGGAUGAUUUGGGAAACUAAAAAGUUAUAUAAAAGUUAUAUAAAAUAAAAAAACAAUGUUUAACAAAUUAUUUAACUGCAAAUAACUUAUAAUAUUUUUAUAACUUAUAAAAAUACAAUAUAUAAAAAUAAUAAAUAUUUUUAAUCACUGGAAUGUAAUUCAGGUCUGAAGAGGUUAAAACGAGGCAAUGAGAGACUGAGGAUUGAGGAAAAGUACACAGAUAGGUUAUUAAAAACACUGUUUAUACAAGCAGUACCUUCUCUUAGUAUUCAGUGACUUGUCGGUCGCCAUAUCCUGACUUCAUUUUAGGAUUUCACAGCUCUCAGUGCCUCAUUUUAGAUGUGAGGGUCUUCAGAAUUUUACCUAUGAAGUGAGGAGCUAUUUUGAGCUUGUUAAUGGUGUAAAAAAUUGUGGGCAAAUCUAUGCCCCCAUUCACUAGCAUUGUAAGCUGUAUUUCAGAAUGCUGGGGAUUAAUAGAGGCAGGCUCUUUUAACUAAAAUGUUUUCUUUGUUUUUAUGUUUCACUACAACCCAACUCCAUUUCACACCGGAUUUCUCCUUUACAGUAGAUUGUCAUUCAUCCAUGUUUUUAAGUCAGUUCCAGCACUCUUUCUUCUUCUUCUUCUUCUUCUUCAUUAUUUAGUCCUCAGAUGAUUGAGUACUUCAGUACAGUGCAGAGUACCUGUUUCAUCUGCCGAUGUUACAGAUAUGUUAAAAAAAUAUAUGUCCAAUAUUUGUUUGUUUACUCCAGAACGAGAUUAAUCCUGAUCACUGGGCAGCAUAUUGAAUGUAAAUUAAAUAGCGGGGGGGAAGAAACAUGGAGAGAGAGAAAGAAAGAAAAUAAAAGAAAAGAAAGAGGAGGUAGACGAGGAGAGACUUCUUGUUAAAAUUGUUGAAAUUGUUAAAUUUAUUAAAUUUGUUGAUUAUAUUUGGCUCUGUUUGUUGCAGUUAGUAGCACACUAAUGUGUAUGAUUGUUUUGUUUUUUGUUUUGAGGGAUCCUGUAUGCUUAUAUGUAGUAUCUUCUUUUAUUUUAUUUUAUUUUAUCUUCUAUAUCUGUUGUGUAUAUUGUCACAUCCCUUUAUAUAUACCUGUCUUAUUUUUUUUGUUUGUUUCCUUUAUUUGUGUUUCUCUUUUUUAUUAUUUUUAUUUUUUUUAUUAUUAUUAUAAUAAUAUUAGUUUUUUGUAAGUAAUGAAUUGUAACAUCAUCAAAAUUCUUGAGGAAACGGUUUAUGUGUACCUCCUGUCUGACAUUAAAACAAACAAAAAGAUAUAUAUAUAUAUAGAUUCAUAACCAUAACAUCCACAUUGUUUAAACUCUCAUCAUCCUCUGAAUUGCUCAUUUUACAGCAUCGAACACCAGAUGGAUUUUCUCAUUCCUGGGUGUUUUUCCGUCACCAGCAAAACUGUAGAUAUUGUAUAGAAAAGCAUUAUGAAGUAUGUUUUUAUUUUAUUUUAUUAUUAUUAUAAUUAUUAUUUGUUUGUUUUGGUCUUUUUGUGAGCUUUUACGGGGGAAAAGAGUAUUGUACAUGUCUUCUCCAUGCUUUUUAUUUGUUUUAAUUUAACAUUUUUUUUAAACAAAUCUGUUUAUGAAUUCUACGAUUUAUAAAAAUAUGUCGUUUUAAAACUAAACCAAAGUGAUAACUAAAGAGGAGAAAUUUAUCUUGUAUGUAAAAGUAGAGUUGUGUAUGAGCAGUAAUGAAUAGUGUAACCAGCAAAUGACUCGUUAUUUUUAUAGAAGUCUCCUUUUUGUUUGUUUUGUUGGGAUGAUUUCUUUGUUUUCUGCAUGAUCAGAUUCUUCACAAUCACAAAUAAUUACAAGUAGCUUCAUUUUAGCGUUAGCUUGUCUGCUUUGUCAUAUGGGUCUUUAUUGAUGGUUUUGCAUAUAUUCCCGUCUGUAUCUCGAUUGAUUGAUUUUACCCUGUCACACUGUUCUUGCAUUUGUUUGUUUUAUUGGAUUUAAAGCACCAUGAAUGUCAUUGCCCCCCCCCCCCCCCCCCCCUCCUAAUUUUGAUGGACAGAGAUGGAUUGAAUGUAAAUAAUAUUUGUGCUUAAAUCGUUAGUUUCCUCUUCCUGUAUAUUAUCAAUGUUGUGGCAUUUCUCAUCUUCUGAAUCAAUAUGAAGAUAAACAUCUGGGUCAGUUUGGCUCUCAGUAAACUCUAUUGACACCAUG